UUCGCCCGGCUUUUCCUCUCCUCUCUCUCUCUCUCUCUCUCUCUCUCUCUCUCUCUCUCGCUGCUCCUGCGCUUCCGCGAUCCCUAGCAGUCGAAGGCUUCGUAACGGUACGGCAAAGAUGUCGCCCUCUGAUUCUUCGCGGGAGGAAUAUGUGUACCUGGCCAAGUUGGCCGAACAGGCUGAGCGGUACGAGGAAAUGGUGGAGUUCAUGGAGAAAGUUGCCAAGACCGUGGACGUCGAGGAGCUGACUGUUGAGGAACGUAACCUUUUGUCCGUGGCGUACAAGAAUGUGAUCGGGGCCAGGAGGGCGUCGUGGAGGAUUAUUUCUUCCAUUGAGCAGAAGGAAGAGACCAGGGGUAACACCGAUCAUGUGGUGAUCAUUAAGGAGUACAGGGGAAAGAUCGAGUGUGAGCUUAGCAAGAUCUGUGACGGGAUUCUCAGCCUUCUUGAGUCCCAUCUCAUUCCCUCAGCCUCAUCUGCCGAGUCCAAGGUGUUUUACCUUAAGAUGAAAGGUGAUUACCACAGGUAUCUGGCAGAGUUUAAGACUGGGACUGAAAGGAAGGAAGCUGCUGAGAGCACCUUAUUGGCCUACAAGUCUGCUCAGGAUAUUGCUGUAGCUGAAUUGGCUUCUACUCACCCAAUCAGGCUGGGACUUGCGCUGAACUUCUCUGUGUUCUAUUAUGAAAUCCUUAACUCGCCUGACCGUGCUUGCGCUCUUGCAAAGCAGGCAUUUGAUGAGGCCAUUUCUGAGUUGGAUACCUUGGGUGAGGAAUCAUACAAGGACAGUACGUUGAUCAUGCAACUUCUGCGAGACAACUUGACACUCUGGACUUCUGAUCUCGCGGAUGAAGCUGGGGAUGACAUUAAGGAAGCUUCAAAACCGGAGUCUGGAGAGGGGCCGCAAUGAUUUGCUUAGUUAAUAGGACAAUGUCGGUACUUUAUGAUGUUUUGCACUGUCGUAGAUGCCAUGUGGCUUGUCGCAGUGAGAUUACUUAUGAACUUGAGUGCUAUAAGGUGUUUUUCUAGUGUUCCUUGAUGAGAUUCGGGUUGUUUUACCUAUUAAACGAUAUAUAAUUAGAGUUUUUAGAGUGUUUUAAUGGAUAUCAUCAUCUCAAA